AUGGCCCUGGCGGAGAUCGCCAUGCAGGGCCUGGCCGUCUUCGGCUUGCUGCUCUUCGCGGUGCUGUGGCUCAUGCACUUCAUGUCCAUCAUUUACGUGCGCCUGCAUCUGCACAAGAAGAGGUCGGAGGUCAAGCAGCCGGCGGGCGUGUCUCUGCUCAAGCCGCUGAAGGGCGUGGACCCCAAUCUCGUCUCCAACCUGGAGACCUUCUUCACCAUGGACUACCCCAAGUAUGAGGUGCUGAUGUGCGUUCAGGACGCGGACGAUCCGGCCGUGGACGUCUGUAAGAAACUCUUGGCAAAAUAUCCCAACGUGGACGCUCGACUCUUUGUCGGCGGCAAGAAAGUGGGCAUCAACCCCAAGAUCAACAACCUGAUGCCAGGUUAUGAGGGCGCUAAGUACGGCCUGGUGUGGAUCUGCGACAGCGGCAUCCGAGUGACGGCGGACACGCUGACGGAUAUGGCCGGUCGGAUGACUGAGAAGGUGGGCCUGGUGCACGGCCUGCCGUACGUGGCCGACCGGCAGGGCUUCGCCGCCACGCUGGAACAGGUCUACUUCGGGACCUCGCACCCGCGCUCGUACAUCUCGGCCAACGUGAUGGGCAUCAAGUGCGUGACGGGCAUGUCGUGCCUGAUGCGCAAGGACGUCCUGGACCAGGCGGGCGGCCUGGUGGCCUUCGCGCAGUACAUUGCCGAAGAUUACUUCAUGGCCAAAGCCAUCGCCGACAGAGGUUGGAAGUUCUCCAUGGCGACGCAGGUGGCCUUGCAAAAUUCGGGCUCCUACUCCAUCGGGCAGUUCCAGUCCCGCUUGAUCAGGUGGACCAAACUGCGCAUCAACAUGCUUCCGGGCACGGUGCUGGAGCCGGUGUCCGAGUGCUUCCUGGCCAGCCUCAUUAUCGGGUGGGCCGCGCAUUACGUCUUCAGGUGGGACAUGAUGGUGUUCUUCAUGUGUCACUGUUUGGCGUGGUUCAUCGCCGACUACAUCCAGCUGACCGGCGUUCAGGGCGGUCCUCCCAGCUUCUCCAAGCUGGACUUUGCGGUGGCCUGGUUCAUCCGCGAGUCUAUGGCGGUGCAGAUCUUCCUGUCGGCGCUGUGGGACCCCACCAUCAGCUGGCGGACUGGCCGCUACCGGCUCCGCUGCGGCGGCACCGCUGAGGAGAUCCUGGACGUAUAG